AUGCUGAACAGCCAGGACCAGGGAUCCCUUCCCUUGGGUUUGUGUUUGUGGUUAUGCGGAGUCUUGGCUUUCUUUGAAGGUUGCACAGGCUGCGCGUCCGAAGAGCAGCUGUUCCACGCGCUGUUUGCGCACUACAACCGCUUCAUCCGGCCGGUGGAAAACGUUUCCGAUCCUGUCACCGUGUACUUUGAACUGGCAAUCACCCAGCUGGCCAAUGUGGAUGAAGUCAAUCAGAUCAUGGAGACGAACCUGUGGCUGCGUCACAUCUGGAAGGAUUACAAAUUACGUUGGGAUCCAACAGAGUAUGAUGGCAUUGAAACACUUCGUGUUCCAGCAGACAAGAUCUGGAAGCCUGACAUUGUUCUCUAUAACAAUGCCGUUGGUGACUUCCAGGUUGAAGGCAAGACCAAAGCUCUUGUUAAGUAUGAUGGCAUGAUCACCUGGACCCCACCAGCCAUCUUUAAGAGUUCUUGUCCCAUGGACAUCACCUUCUUCCCUUUUGAUCAUCAAAACUGUUCCCUGAAAUUUGGUUCCUGGACUUAUGACAAGGCUGAAAUUGAUCUUCUGAUCAUUGGCUCUAAAGUGGACAUGAACGAUUUUUGGGAAAACAGUGAAUGGGAAAUUGUUGAUGCCUCUGGCUACAAGCAUGACAUCAAGUACAACUGUUGUGAAGAGAUUUACACAGAUAUAACCUACUCUUUCUAUAUCAGGAGGCUGCCCAUGUUUUACACCAUUAACCUCAUCAUCCCCUGUCUCUUCAUUUCCUUUCUCACUGUGUUGGUCUUUUACCUUCCUUCGGACUGUGGUGAGAAGGUAACUCUUUGCAUCUCAGUCCUGCUUUCUCUGACUGUCUUUUUGCUGGUGAUUACAGAGACCAUCCCAUCCACAUCUCUUGUGAUCCCACUGGUGGGUGAGUACCUCCUCUUCACCAUGAUCUUUGUCACACUGUCCAUUGUGGUGACUGUGUUUGUAUUGAACAUACACUACCGUACCCCAGCAACACAUACCAUGCCCAAGUGGGUGAAGACCAUUUUCCUUCAGGUCUUCCCCUCAAUUCUGAUGAUGAGGAGGCCUCUGGACAAGACAAAGGAGGCAGGGGGUGUUAAGGACCCCAAAAGCCUUCCCAAGAGGCCUGCCAAGGUCAAGUUUGCUCAUCGAAGAGAGCCCAAACUUCUGAAGGAAUGCCGCCAUCGUCAAAAAUCAAGUGAGAUGGCCCCUGGCAAGAGAAGAUUGAGUGAGCAGCCUGCACAGUGGGUGACAGAGAAUUCAGAACACUCACCAGAGGUGGAAGAUGUGAUCGAUAGCAUUCAAUUCAUAGCAGAAAACAUGAAGAGUCACAAUGAAACAAAGGAGGUGGAAGAUGACUGGAAAUACAUGGCCAUGGUGGUGGACAGAGUCUUUCUUUGGGUAUUUAUAAUUGUCUGUGUGUUUGGAACUGUGGGGCUAUUUCUACAGCCACUGCUUGGGAACACAGGAAAGUCUUAA